AUGCGAGAGCACCAUGCUAUCCGCCUGAAGGCAUUCUUUGUCUUUAAUGCUGCUGCAUUUGUCAUGUCCCUGCUCAUCAUUAUGCUGCUCCUAGACAAGCAACUAGUCAUCCCACUACUCCAGGACCAGGAUCAAAGCAUGACCUCCCGAGUAAGGACCCGCUUUCUCAAAGCGUACAUCAUUAUUGCUCUUGUCGGUCUUGUGGGGGCCUACGCCACCGGCAGCAGCAGGAAUAGUGACACUACCAUCUAUGUUGGCUGUCUGGUUUUCGCUGUUCUUGCAUGCAUUCUUUUUCUCAAGGUGAUUAUAUCCCCUCACCCACAAGGGUCAGCAUCAGAUUCAAAUGGAAGGCCAAGCAAUGGAGUAAAGAAGAACGCAAGCAAUGGUGGAGUACAGACCAAUACAAGCAAUGCAGAUAUUCUGGAGAAGGCUCAAUCUCUUGUUGUCCUGCUUUCCACUCUUGUAACAACCGUCACAUACCAAGCAGGACUGAUCCCACCAGGUGGUGUUUGGCAGGAGAAUUGGAAGGAGCAUGAGGCUGGCAAUCCAAUACUCUUAUCUAUUCAACCAGAACGUUACAAGGUAUUCUUUUACUGCAACUCAAUAGCCUUUGCAGUAUCCUUGGUCAUCAUCAUCUUGGUCCAGUACAAGCCUAUCCUCAAGCACCACAUACUAGAGCUUGCCAUGAUAAUGGAUCUGUUUGGCCUCAUUGGUGCAUACUCUGCUGGGAGCUGCCGAGAUGUAACCACAUCCAUUUAUGUCAUUGCCUUAGCUGGAGUUGUUCUAGUCUAUGUGGUUAUUCAUGUUAUAUUCAUCACACUUGAUGAGGACAUGGGAAAGAAAGAUGGGGACAAGGACAAGAAGGAUGAGGGAAAGAGGCGCAAGAGGUUGCUCCUUUUUGCUGUUUUGUGUACGACCCUUACUUAUCAAGCUGGGUUGACCCCGCCAGGCGGGUUUUGGCUGAAGGACGAUGAGUUUGGGCACCAUGCAGGUGAGCCUGUCCUAUCUUACAACUAUCCACGCCAUUAUAAGGCAUUCUUGUACUGCAACUCAAUGAGCUUCAUGUCAUCGAUUGCCGUCAUUAUACUCCUCGUGAACCCGAAUCUGUAUAAGCCAGCCAUACGAAGCUAUGCUCUCUCUGUUUGCACCGCAGUAGGCAUGUUUGCUCUCAUGUGUGCCUACGCUGCAGGAAGCACUCAGCACCUGAAAACAUCCAUCUAUAUCUUUGGGUUGGUGGCUUUGGUCCUCUUCAUUAUGAUUGUAGUCCUAAUAUGUUUUGUCAAAAAGGAAAUGAGCCAGCUAACUCACAAGAUGAGGAAGAAAGAGUCGUACAGAAGUCCCCUCCAGCACAAGAUGAGGAUGUCAUAGAACAAGAAACUCAAACAUUGAAGCCGAGCGAGACAAUGUCUGCCGAUGAAAUAAAAGAAGACGACA